GCGACGGGCGUUUCUCAAUGGCAGCACCCAGGACAUUCACCUGGGCAAUACGCACCACCGUCUCAACCGCAGUCUCAACCACAGCCACAACCUUACUCUGAAUCUCAACAUCUCCAUAGGCAAGAUUCUUAUCCUAUGCCAAGUCCUCAAACACCACAACAACCAACUUACAGUGCUCCACAACCUCAAUAUAAUCAACCUCCACAACCAAUAAAUUACGGACAAGGACCACAAACAUACAGUUAUCCUGGACAAUACCAACCACUCUCUAGCGGGCAACAUCAAGCACCACCUAGUGGGCAAUACCAACCACCUGCAGGACAAUACCAACCACCUGCAGGACAAUACCAACCACCUGCAGGACAAUAUCAACCACAAUAUCAACCACCUCCAGCCGGUCAAUACCAACCACCACCAGCCGAUCAAUACCAACCACCGCCAACCGGUCAAUACCAACCACCGCCAGCCGGUCAAUACCAACCGUCAUCUACAGGACAAUACCAACCACCGCCCGCAGGGCAAGACGACAAAAAAGGCCUGUUUGAUACUAAAAAACUUGAUGCUUCAAAGUUGGCGUUAGGAGUUGGAGGUAUGUGA